AUUGCCGAAGAGGGAGAGAGAGUUCAACACUAGCACCCCGUUCAAAACGAUGAGCGCCAGUCCGAAUGUGCAACAAGCAGUAGCAGGCCGGCCAGAGCAGCCUCCUCUCGCUUCUACUCUCUGCCUGUCUUCGAGCUGCUGAAGAAGCUGCUGCUUCUGCUGCUGCCGCUUCGCCCACAUCUUUUGGCCUGCUGCUAUCUGAGCCUUAAAAUUCUCGACUCUUGCGUAGCGUCCCCAUCUGCUGCUGCUGCUGCUCGUAUCUCUGUCCGUCUGUCGCGUCGGGGGUCUCUUGCUAGCCAGGCCAGCCUAUUGCGCGGUGGUGACUACUGGGUUCGAGAAAUUGGUCGUCCGCAUCGCAAUCGUAGUGGAGGAAUUGAUGCAUGUUGCUCUGCCUGUGUGGGUGGACUGGUAGAGGUGGAAUGCUCUGUCAGCAGGGCUGAGCGCAUUUUUGCGGGGAAGAAGUUCGCUUCUGAUAAGCUGAGGUCGACGAGGCUUGCCUCGGGGUGAAGACAUUGAAUACUGUUUGUGCUUGUAGACGAGAGUUGUCGCUGUGUGUGUUUGUUUCGCGCGGCGACGAGGGUAGAGGAAUUUUGUACGGAUUAUCGUGUCUCUGUGUAGCCUAAUUUAGGAUCGGAGGAGGUUGGAGGCAAGAUUAUCGCUGGAGUGGUGGUUAUGAGGGUGGAAGGACGGGGAGGAAGGUGAAAGUAGAAUGGAUUUUUGCCGGGACCCAUCGGACCCAUGGAUGGAACCUGAAGUGUGGGGUAGGCCGCUACCCGUCGAAGUUCUGCAUACCAUUUUGACGUGGUUGCCCGUGCGGAGCUUCUGUCGCAUGCGGUGUGUAUCCAAGGAAUGGAACUCGUUCGCCCUGGAUGCAGGGUUCAAGCAGAUAGUGUCCAGAAUUCCUCCGCCCAUGCCAUUUUGGCUCGUUUUCAACCUCGUCGAUCAGGACAUCGUGUUCGAUACGUCGUCCGGGACUUGGCACAAGGCCGCCUCAUUUUUCUACACCUCAUGUUUCCUGUCGGACACGGCUUUCACCAAGAAGGGCAUGAUCACUUCCUCGGGAAGCCUGCUGCUGAUAACCACCACUGACCGACAAGAUCACUCCAUGGUGGUGUUCAAUCCCAUCAACAAGACGAAAAAAUGGAUUCCGAAAAUGCCCAGAAUUAGAAUGUGUCAUACCACGGGAAUAAUCAUGGACAAGAAGACGGGGUCGUACAAGAUUUAUGUGGUAAAUGAGCCAAUGCCAGGAGAAAACAUGAAAUUCCAGGUGUACGAUUCUCUGAAGAAUAAGUGGGAAUCAUCUGCACCUCUUUUGCGGGCCGGGGGACGACACGAAGUAUUGGGAGCCGCUGAGUAUGGCGGGUACAUGUACUGCUUGCUCGCAAAAUUGGCUCUGAACUACUCGUAUCAAGUGUACCGCGUGGGUGUGAAGGAGGAGAAAUGGGAACUCGUUCGAGCUGUGAUGCCCCGAGGCAUCAACUUUCCCCACUUGUUUGAACACGAGGGCCGCUUGCUGUUGGGUGGAGGCAUACAGGGUGCUAUUGCAGGGUCGCAUCGGACUCUGGCAGGAGUGUAUGUGUGGGAACUUGAUGUAGUGAGCGAUCAGUGGGUGAACCUCCGGCACGCGACCGAGACUUCGAGCUCCCCACGCAGUAAGUCAGAUACACAGGUGUUGGAGGUUGAGGCGGACACACACGAGUGGAUACCGAGACUGCAGAUGCCUAACGAGAUCGUCCAUGAGCUCGGAGCUGGGCAUGACUUCUUCUUUGUUGCGAAUGGAGACUACAUUGGCGUUGGGUCGCGCAGCGUUGGAUCAGGUGAUUCUCAGAUUAUGAGAUACAUGUGCAAUCUGACCACAGGAUACUGGUGGUCACUGCCAGUCCCCAGCAGAAACCUGUGUCGGUCCGUGCAGAUAGAGGUUACGAGCACCAUUCUGUUCGAACCACGACUCGAUGUUGUGCUGUGAAGGUGAGGGCUGAGACUCAACGAUGUGCAGUGAGCUCCAAAUUGUGGACGACAAGAUACGGGCUGAUGGCUGAUUUAUGAAGUCGCACCGGGAGAGUCUAAAGAGCAAAUCUAUGGACGGUUAGAGAGAAAUGGAUAGGAUGUAAAUUCUGCGACAAAGGUUGGAAGCCAUGCCACUGCUCAUUUGCAGCAUGUAAUGUAAACAUAAUUUCUGUGAAGCGCUGCGGGACCUUAUGCCAAGCCCUUUUAAGUGGAGAUAUGGUUUUCAGUCAACUUUUGAAUCGCUUGAAGGUGUUAUCGAUUUAAAUUAGAGCUCUUCCACAUUUUUUCCAGAUUCCAGUUGUAGAUGAAUACUUGAGAUGGAAGGUCAAAACAGUGGAGCCCACCCGUUUGCAUCAUUUUGCAUUGCGAACAGGUAUCCCUCUUCUAUGUAUCUUGUUCUCGGGUGGAACAGAGAGGUAAAGCAGGGUCGAUAGGGACGAACACUGUACAGAUGAACAAGGAGCGCAAUAUAUAAAGUAGCUUGCGCUCUGCCACCUAGAGUAACCCAGUAGUUAGGUUAGUUAAGAAACCCUCCACACACAAACCAAGAAAAUUUGCCUGCGUCUUCACAGUCGAAUGGACUCCGUGGUAGAUUCCACCUACGAGAAACCGGGAGCAGGAGUAGAUCGCAGCUAGCUCUCCCGCUCCACUCUUGGUUCUGUCCGAUUUAUAACCACUAUUUACUUUCCGACUCCCUUGUAUGUUGUCUUGUCGGAUGGGAAUGUGCUAAUCACGUGCUUAUUACAGUUUC